UUUCAGGUGUUGCUCAUUUCACCAUCUUUCGACCACCAAGUGCUGCACACAUAGAAUGUAUCGGUGUAGUUCGUCGGAAUGAGCCAUCAUUUAUUGCUUUAUUUCGUGCUCAUAGCUGGUUUUUUGCUGACAGUUGAGACGAAAAACGAGUGCUACUCGUGCUCCGGAGUGUGCCACAAUGAGAAUUGCAAUUGUCAGAUGGGCUCCUGUGAAUCGUCUCAAUGUUUCAUCGAGAAGAAGCCAACGGAAAUUCCGGGAUCUAUGAAAAUCACAAAAGGCUGUCUUCGAAGAACUUCACGAAUACAUCACGGAUGUGAGCACGAUCACUUCUCGGAUCACAUUCUAUGUGUUUGUCAGGGAUCAUACUGUAACGACAGGAUAGUCAUGAAUACGACACGUCAAAAGUACACACGAACCAUCCAGUGCCGAGAAUGUUCGGAAAAGAAUCCGAAUUGUGGCUCCUCGUGUGAAGGACAUUGGUGUCACGAGGACAUGAGCACCGGAGCGUCCGGGUGUGGAUACGGGCCACCUGCUCUGCCGUUUUAUUACAGGGGCCCAGAGUUGUUCUACUAUCGGAGCAAAGUUUGUAUCACGUUGAGCAGAGGAGCCGGAAAACCACGUAGACAUUGUAUUUGCAAUACAGCGAAUUGCAACAACGUGUACAAUUUCCAGUAUAUUGCAAGAGACCGGGAAAAGGAAAGUAGCUUGCGGUCACGCUCGCUCACGUUAAGUGCUACUGACUACACGCUUCCACUGCAGACUUGUUACAAUUGUGAGACGAAUACUCAGGAUGCAACUGCAAUGUCGCAUACCACGAAUUGCAGAAGCAACCGGUGUUUGGGCCAUUAUUGUACUUACGCGGCUCAGCGGCACACUAGUAAGAGCAGUAUGGGCAGGUCGAAUUUGGUACACGCCGUCAGUGAGCUGCAGGGUUGCAUGAAUGUUUCCGACAAGACACAUAUCCAAAUCGGUUGCUCCAAAAAAUGGAUAUCCGACGAAUACGAAGAAAUUCACUGUGCAUGUCGUGGAAAUCUUUGCAAUAGCGACUCCUUGACUGCCACGUCACCAAAAUUGCUCCAAAUCGUUCACGUGUUGCUGCUGCUCCCAGCUGUUCUCUAUCAUCACUUCCUCGCAUAGUCACCACCGCCGCCGCCAAAAAUCGUAUAUCGUUUGACAUAUCUGAAACAAUUUCUCCCCUCUUCACAAAAAAACCAUAAACUCCCCGAAUCUACUGGUACAUAUUUCCUAUAUAUAUAUAUACAAUUGAAUUUCAAUAAGAAGUCAUUUUUUUUG